AUGGCUAAACUCAUCCUUCUCCUUCUAUCAGCAUGUGUGACUAUCGAAGCACUGCUACGUGUCGCCCUUAACAAAACCAUCCAUGGCCGAAGUUCUUAUAAAUCGAAGGCGUUAGCUGAAUAUCUAAAGCAGAAGUACAUCAAGGGCUACAAACCUCGCUCAGGUCACGCCUUCAACGAAGAACUCUCUAACUAUCUCGAUAUGCAGUACUACGGCACGAUCCAGAUCGGAACUCCUCCUCAAACCUUCAAGGUGGUAUUCGAUACGGGCUCGUCCAAUCUGUGGGUUCCGUGUGUCGAAUGUGCCUCUACCAACAUCGCCUGUCAGAAACACCAAAAGUUCGGUACAUACCAGGAGUACUGUACAAACAACCAACAAGGGCUGGCUUGUGCAGUGUAUCAACCUGGGAAUACAUUCGUGGACUCUCCAUACGAUGGCGUUCUUGGUAUGGCAUGGGAUUCACUCUCGAAGGGUAUUCCCCAACCUAUGAGCCAGAUCUUUGGUAACAAGGACUCUGUUCGCUUUCUGGCUAAUCGCGAUCUCUACAACAAUGAUGUCGGUGGAGAAAUGACACUGUGUGGAAUUGAUCAUUCACAUUAUAAGGGUACGAUGACAUGGUUGCCACUAGUUGCUGAGGACUACUGGCGAAUAAAACUGAACGGACUCAAUGUCGGCGGAUACUCUAUAAUCACUAGAGCUGUGGAUGCUGCUGUCGAUACUGGUUCCUCCAGUAUCGUUGGACCACCACAAGCUAUUCAGACGAUUCAUAAACUGAUCGGAGCCAGCGACGAUGGAGCGAUUGACUGCAGCACUAUUCCCGAUCUUCCCGCGAUCUCUUUCAAAUUUGGUGACGUUGAAUUCGUCCUUAGAGGAUCUGAUUACGUUAUUCAGGUACUGAUGGUUGCGCUUGCGAAGUUCGUAUCAUGGAUUAUUGGCGACACCUUCAUUGGCACUUACUACACAGUUUUCGAUCAUACAAACAAACGUGUUGGAUUUGCUAAAGCAGCUCGAAGGCACAUUCAUAGUCACGGCUAA